ACUUCUUUGGUUGUUAUCCGUACUUUGGUAUCCGAGACUUUUCAACGAUUCUUUUCUACUUUUGAACAAUUUUUGUAGAACACAUAGCUUUUUAAAUAAUUUUAUAUAUACGUAUCAUUGAUAAGAGCUCAUUACUUGCAUUGGUGACCGUUUCUAGGCCGUUGUUCAGUCUCCAAGUGCCUGUUUAGUUGUUUACUUUAAGCUUUGCCGAAAGCUAUGGCCGGUCAUGGUUGAGUUCCACAACUUUGUUGAAGACUGUUGCAAAUCUCCAGGCAUUACUUUGCAUCCAUCGAUAAAGAAUGAGUCAGGGAGGAGUCAUAAUGGUAAGAAAAUCAUAACAGUAAUGAGCAUUUGGAGAAUUUUCCCAUGUAUUUCAUGUGAUGCAAAUAGUUGAUGCAUUAUCUUGCAGUACGAUGGAGGCCGAGGAAGACGAAUUAGUAAGGCAGAAGACUAUAACGCCAGUAUGAAAAGGUCUGGUUCCGAAACGCUUCUUAAAACGGAUCUUGAACAGUCCAAAGAGGCAAUUAAAGCUGAAAUUCGCAAGCAGCUUAAGUUAAAAGAGGGAGCAGAAAAUUUAAAAAAGGUUGCCACUGACAGGAAGACUAUCGCCCAAUGCAAUACAAUUUUAAAAGAUACUACAGCUAAACUUCAAGAUUUGCACGACGAUCUUCAAGACCUCAACGCUCGAGUCUCUGAAGACAUGCCAGGUGAGUAAAUAAGUUGUUGGUAUAGAUAGCAGAUACAAUAUUACUGAAUGCAUGGCAUUCCGUGACAAGUUGGACCUAUUAACAAGCUAAAUCAUUUUGAUCCUUCGCGAAAUCGUUUCCUUUGCAACGGUAAACUCAAGCAUCAUUCGUCGCAUUGCUUUCGAAUUUCAAUUAUCGUGGGAUUUGAUUGUAAGCAGCUCAGAAAAAAUCGUUUAUUUGGUAGUACUUUAGAUAGUUACUUCUAAUUACUGAUAUAUUUGUGGCGAGAUAAACUCUCGCUGAACAACAUAUAAGAAGUACGCGCUCGACCAAUUACUAUAUUUUUAGGCCAACAUAUGUCAGUUGGAAUGCAACGUUUUUGUACAUGGUUGUACUUGUUGCUUAAAAUACAGUAUAAUAUGUUCCAUUCGACUUUCCACAGCGAAACAUUUCGCUUCAGAGCCAGAAACUUGCUAUAUUUUGAUGAGUGCAUUUUCGUCACAAGGAAUGGUUGAAAUUUUUGAGCAAAGUGUGUACAAUGAAAUCCCUUGAUGCGUGGCGGAAACAAACCUCGAUUUUGAUAACUCAACGAAAAAGCUUACUUAGCCGUAACUUUGGAUUUCAAAACUUAAUAGUAACCUUAAUCCAACAUAAUAUAUUAUAAUAUCAUCUCGGGAGUGCGCCGGAUGGUGCGUAUCACAACGUACACUUAAACAUCGUUAAAGUAUUUAAAUGGUCACCCUGUGGGAUUGUUAAUUUUUUAUGUACAUGUCGCCGUAAACCCUUGGAAAAAGUUACGGGUUUUAAGAGCGUUUUUCUUUGAUAACCGCUAGACUAUGACGCUUGGACUCGUUGUUUUCGCCACCGUCAAGUGGCUUUAAAUAUUUGGGUCUUUUCGGUUGUGUUUGUGACAACAACCAAGGAUUGUUUACAUUUGAUCGAAGGAAAAUCCUUUGUUUGCUUUUUCCUUCUUGCGAUGAGCUUUUCUUAUCGUAUUCUUUAUCCUACUGUGCAAAUCGGGAACUGUCUGGCUGGUUUUUUUUCCUUCAGCUGCAUUUGUUUAUUGUUCAAAUCCUUGAUGAAUUUUAUCUAGAGUGCUUGAAAGAAAUUACCUGUUUCCGCAAGGGUUAUUACGAGUAAAACAGCCACUUGGUAACAAUAGUUGACAGAUAUCCUGUGAUUUUUAGAUCAAAGAGCUGGUAUUGUGUUUCUGGACAUUUUUGAUUCAGUUUUAAAAUUGCAAGUCUAUCUAUCUUUGAUUGGUUACUUUCUUGGUACAAUAUUUGUUACUCUCCAAGAGUUUGACAUUUUUAGACAUAGUAAAUGUACUGGCAUGAGUUUUAAGUUACAGUCUCUGUAAAUUAGAUUGGAGAUUCUGAUUUCCUUGAACAUAUUUUGAAGUUCUUGCCAGGAUUUCCUUCAUCUCACUUCUGUGUGAUUGAGAAAUUAAUUCAAGUGAUAUUUGCAACUCAUUUCAACAAAAUGUUUGGAUUGUCCAACAUGAUAACCUUAGUUUAUGUAAAAUACACCAAAUUAACAAAAAUUACCUGUUUUGUCUGUUGGAUAGAAUUUCUCUUAUCAUCUUUUCAUGCUCUUAUCUGCCAUGGCCCAUUGACUUAAAAGCCCUAGAUUAUUAACAAAAUCCCUCAAGGGAAUUUUGAUUUUCUAUGUUGUUUUCUCCAAUUCAUUGAAAGAGGAUUGUACUUGUACUUGUAUACCAUUUCAAGUCCAGCAAUGAUCUUGAAAUUAAAUGAAAUUACUUAUAUUUUGACCUGUGAAUGAUAUACAAAUAAAUAAAUGAUCCAUGCUGAUGAGCUGCAAUUAAAGAAUUACAGAAAAGAAGUAAAAAAAAUCUAGGCUUUUGUGAUGGAAUUAUCUUGUCUAGUGGCAAUACUUUGUUGAUAACAGAAGCCAGUUGUUGUUAAGAGUGAUACCAAAUUUCCUAUCAAGGACUAUGAAAUUUGUACAUUCUUUUUAUAAAGUUUUAUUGAGUUGGACUUGCGUAUAUUUUAUUGUUGUACUUGGGAGUGGAAAUCUUUGGGCAGGAAGCGUCUUCUUUGAACAGUCUAUACAUACUCAAUUUGUUGAUGUAUAAAUUCUCAAGAGACUUAUGCUCCAGAAACUAAAUAAUUUUUUUCUCCACUAUGAGAAAUUAGAUGCAAAACUACCUUUCACUGUUGUUUUGACAGUUGCUGCUCUGAUUAUUGCAAAACUGAAACAGUUGCAUGCACUGAGAAACUGAACCUGAGCACCAGCUCUACCUAUCAGAACAAAUGUAAUUAUGGGAACCAAAACAUAGUAGGAAAAUGUGUAUUUACAUUCUAAACUGGGGAGUUUUCUUCUGGUGAUGGAUUCACUAAUGGUAAAUUUUUUUUUUGGCAGAAAAAAAUAUUUUUGGGCAUCUGUAGCUGUAGCUGUACCUUUCUCUGACUCUCUAAUGUUAGAUGGUACACACCUUUUGUUCCAAGAUCCAAUGCAAGAUCAAAUGCAAUUCUGUAAUGCAAGUUUUAAUCACAGUAGCCAUGUUUAUACCAAAGCUUUCUCUUGCACUCUGAAAGCAGCUAAAUCAGCAAAAUCAAUUUAUUGAAGGAAGUUGCCCUCUCAUGAUAUGACUGUUUCUUUGCUAUGACUUUUUCUACAGUGGACAAUGAAGAUGUCCUCUCUCCUGACAAGACAGAUGGUGUAUCAAAUGAACCAGCUAUAAAUGGCAAAAUUGAUUCAUUAAAAAAGCAAAUUGCUGUGGAGAUGAAAGUAAAGCAAGGUGCAGAGAAUAUGUUAGCAAUGUACAAUGCUAGUGGAUCAAAGAAGAAAGACACCAAACUUAUUGCAGAAGCUCAGCAAAUGCUGGAAGACUCAAGGAGAAAGAUAGAAAUUAUUCGAAUGGCACUACUACGGGAGCAACAGCAAGGACUGAUAGGAAAGGAGGAUGGAGUAGUGUCAGGUGGCGCAGGUGGUAAAGAGAAUUCUGCACCAGGAUUAGGACUCUCUCCUUUGGAAUUAAGAAUAGAAGAUGUUCGCCAUCAUAUUGAAAUUGAAUCUAGAGUAAUUCAUGGUGCAAAAAACAUGAUUAAGUUUUUACAAAAGUCUGGUCGUGAUAGGAAAGGUUUAGAGGAGGUAGGUAGUUUUUAUUCUAAAGAAAGUAAAAAUGUAUGAUGUUAGUAGGACAAAAGUUGACAAAUUUUGUGCCUUGUUUGAAAAGUAGUGCAUUCCCAGAAUCAUUUCUAAGACUACAGGGUAAAACAGCUUAUAACAACUCUCAACUGCAGUAGCAUCAAGAAGUCCUAUCAAUUUUCCUACUGGUUACCAUGUAGGAUUUGAUAAACUUCAUCAGUUUCAAUUUCAACACAGGGCUUCUAUCUCCAAGAAUACUAGAAGGAGAGAUGUGUCUUGAUUUAACUGACUGGAAACUUUCCCUGCCUUUCCCAUUUGUUGAUUGCAGUCAACCAAUGUUUGUCUGACAAUUCCUUAUAUAUCAAAUACCUUUGAUCAUAAGACUUCAGUAUCUGAAAAUUAAUUGUUACAGUAAUGUUAAAAAGACAGUUAACUGUGAUGAUUAUUUAACUUGGGCUUUCUGGAAAAACUUAAUUUGCUUCUUUGCUAAGCUUGGAAAGGAGAGUCACACUGUAGAGUUUAUUGGCUCAAUCUAUUGAAAGUUAUUCAAGAAAUCUUGCAAUUUGCAUUGUAAUCCUCAAAGGGGAUGAUGACCACAUGAUAACUUCAGAUGUAGGUCAUAUGGUGUGUACUUAGUUGUGAAUGUUAAACAAGUUUCACUGGGGACUCUAGGAUUUCCUAAAGGGGAGGAAAACCUCAUUCAUCCUCUUGAUCUUUAUACUGAUUCUUCCUGCUUUCUCAAUGUGUCCUCUUCUAGCUGGUGAAGGGGUUAGUUAGAAAAAAGUAAAUAACAUUUUGCUUUUGUUUGUUUUUUACCUAGGUUGAGAGGAGGUUUCAUGAAUCAAGUCAAAAACUAGACUUACUUCAGUGUUCACUUGCGAGACUUAUGGGAGAACUAUCUCCUGAACAGGCAGCUGUAGGUAUUUAUAUAGAUAAAGACUAUGUAACAACACCUCCAUCUUAUGCUGACCGCAAGGCUGUUGGCUUGGGAAAGCAACAAUACACAGCAAUAACUAAACCAGCAGCGCUGACUGGAGAAUUAUAUGUAAGUAUGCUAAGCCACAGUUUUGUUGAAAGAGUAGAAUUCAGUUUGACCAUUACUGAGUGUGUGACAUGCAAAUAUGGGUAAUGAAAAUUAAGGCCCUUGAAGAGGUGUUUAUUCCUAUCAAAUGUGGGGUAAAAGCAAAAUUUUGAUUUCUGGUAAGUGUUGGAUCCAUAGUGGGUCAAACAUUCUACAUGCAGCCUUGAGCCACAGGGAACUUAUGGUGUAACAGACUCUGUACUUGGUUUCCUGCAUUGUGACUUGAAAUUUUAAUUAUGUAUUUUAGACCAAUGAUUAGUGAGUCAUAUAAGAGUAUUACAUGGAACUAUUUGAAAAGUACAUUAUUUUGUAUUUUAUGGAAUGCAAGUAUUUUUGCCUAUUAAUUUUUGUAUUUUGUAGUAACUUCUGAACAUUGCAUUCAUAUAUUAUGCACUACUUAGAGGUGUUGGUGAGUGAUCAUCUUUAUAUUUUUCUCCUAUCUGCUACGAAAGACAUUUUCAAAGAGCUACAACUUGACUCUUCUUUCUCCAGGUCCACAUAGUUGGCGCUGACAGGCUCCUGGCAGUUGUUCCUAAUAGAGAUCCUAGAAAAACAAUCAGUUUAGCAAUGGUGAGCCCAGAUGGCAAGCUGGGAGACAGAUCAGGUUCUAGCAAGAGAAAGAGUGGCUACAAUAAAUGGAAUGCUGAAGAGAGUUUAUCAGGUAUUUACAGAAGGCCACAUUAUCAAAUCUGUGGGAUCAAUGUGAUCAUGUUAUGAUUUUUGGAAACUUUUUCAUAAGUCUUAUAAUAUUGAAUUUUUGUUUUACACUGUCCUGGCUUAUGAAUUUGCAGCCAUCCAAACUCCUCAGACAAGUACUUUGUGUUAAAAUUAAAAGACUUCCUGUGUUCACCUUUUGUCAUUUUCCUUUUCACCAUUCAUGGACACAAUUCCAUUGCCUUGAUAUAGAUGGAGAGAAGCACUUGCAUCUCUCAAUAGCCUUUACACCUUUACAUCGGUAUGCUUAUUCUCCAUACUGUUCAUAUACAUUUUCUAAGUUGCUAACAAGGAGAAUUUGUCUGACAAUUAAGAGCAUCUUAAGGUGAUCAUUUCCUUUAUUCUCAUGACCUUUUUCAUUUGAUUCAGUAGUGAUACUGUAAGGAGAAAGUAGAAGCCUGACACUUUAAGGGGUUAAAUAAUUAAUAUAACAGCAAUAUGCAACAAAAUGGCAGGAGCUGAAACAAGCUCCCUCAACUCUUUCACCCCCAAAAUCUCAGUAGUAAUUCUGCUUACAGUCUGCUAGUUUGUAUAAUUUGCUAUUUGAUCAAAAAAAAAUCCCAUUACUGAUAUAUUCUUUAUUGUCAUCACUUUUCUGCUUGAUAUUCUAUUGAUGUUGUAAGGGGAAAUUUGGUCUUGUUCCCUCAUGGGAGUUAAAGGGUCAAAGGCAGACAACUUUACUAGUUAGUUGAUGAGCAAGAUAAACUACUGAACUUCUGAGAAGUGUUGGAUGGUUAUGAAUUGAGCACUAGACAAUAAAAUGUUCAAAGCAUCUGAAACUGAAAGUCAAAUGAGAUAUUUCUUCAUGUAUUACUAUAUACGAUAUGAUAUUUCCUUUUUUCUGUUAUUGUUAGUUGAAGUGUGUGCAGUCCUCAAAUUGGAUAAUUGCUAUGUGGGACAAACAUCCUGGAAGACAUUGGGAAAAGAUUGUUGGAGUCAACAGUUUCACAUUGAGUUAGACAAGGUAAAGAAAAAGAGAUGAUUCACACAUUAUGCAAAUUGUAAAAAUUGUAGCAAUUUUUGUGUCUCAAUAUUAUAUAUUAUAAUCACACCAGUAGGCAUUAUUUAGCACUGUUUACUCAACCUGAGGAUAUAACUUAUUUUAGUGCAUGAUAACUCAAGUGAUUGCCAGAGGUACAGCAUCUUCUUCCACCUCCUAUUUCUUAAGAAAUAUCAUGAAAUCUCACUUUGACUGUUUGGAAAUAAUUGCUUCAGUAUUUUAGUAGAGUUAUAUACAGCUUGAUGUAAUCAAGCUGAGUAAUCAUGAUAAUUACAAGUAUCUCAAUUUUGGGGGGAAAGAUGAGGGCUGGGCUUGGCUGUGGGUGAUAACUUCUCAAAUAUAGGUGAUGACUUCUCAAAUAUAGGUGAUGACUUCUGUAAUUGAGUUACAGCUAUAAUUGGACUCAAAGCACUAUUUUGGUUGUACAUAAGUACAAAAUAAGCUAGAGGGAAAUUUCGGGUAAAUUGACCUAAAUUAUUAUGACUUUCACCUUUAUGGUGUACUUACAAGAGUUUCUUGUUUUCUUUUAGUCAAGAGAGAUUGAGGUAGGGGUGUACUGGAGAGAUCACAGGUCCCUCUGCGGUGUGGCAUUCCUAAGACUUGAAGAGUUUCUUGACAAUCAGCGGCAUCAAAUUCAAGUUCCUCUGGAACCACAAGGUUGCCUAUUUGCAGAGGUUUGUUGCUUGUCUUCUUACUUUUUUAUUUUUUCUUAUUCUUGCACAUGCGUGUAUGUUUUUAAGGGAUGAUAGAUUGCAAGGGAAUGUGUAAAUCUGAUAAUCUGCAGUUCUCCAGUUUGUCUCACUUACAGUACGAGUAAUUCCAUGUUAAUUGAUAUACUCUCAGUAUUGUCUAUCAUUUUGCUUUGGUUUUCAUUUUUUCAUGUUUAACUAGUGUUUGUACUCAGCAAUGAGUUGUUCUGUGUUAUGAAAGCUUUUUGACAGGACAUCCUUAUUACAAAAUGAGUGUUUGGAAAAGUACUGCAUGUUCCUAGAAUAUAUUACAAUUGUGUGUUAUUACUGUUAUAAUGUUUUAAGCAACUAACACACAUGUAAAUCAAUGCAAAAGACAAUCUUCACAUCUGAAACCUUUGCAUUUGGUUCUGUUUUGAUCUUCCUUGUUUCUCAAUAUCCCAUUAUUUAAAGAACCUGUUUAGAGUACUUCUUUGCCAGGUCUCUCAGGGCAGCAGUAUCUUUCUUGAUGAAUUUUUGCUUUUGUACCACUUAUUCUGCUCUAGAAAAAUGUAUUAAGCUCAAAACAGUUUCCCUUUGUUGAUUUAUACGGUUGGAAAAUGAAAUUUUUUGCUUCGAUUUGCUUUUCACUUCGUGAUUUCUUUUGAGUGAAUUUGGAUUUCCAUAAGCAUACUCUAUUUAAGGCUUCACCACAUUUAGAACCAUGAUGUUUGAAUAAUUUGGUUUUUGUAUGAAUUUUUAUAUGUGAUAUGUUUCAAGUAGAAAGUAAUUGUUACCAUCUGCUUUCAAGACUGACAAAUAUAUGAUAUCAAUAAUAAUUUGGUUUUUGAGCCUUGAAAAGGAUGAAAUCAUUUCAAAUGUUGAAAUCAUUAAAAAUGUUGAAAUUCAAGUGAUGAUAGUUGAUCAUGCUGGCAGAUGUUCAGAGUAUAUAAUUUGUUGUUGAAGGAAAAUUUUCCUGAGUCUGUAUUUUUUUUUUCUUUAGAGUGUUCAUUUCAUUACAGUUUUUAAGUUGUGUUUUCAAAAAACUAGACCUUUGUAAUGUAUUUUUUUUGCUAUGAUUUACUCACAACGAGUUCAUGUACACACCACAUGCAGCAUUUUUCUUGGUUUUUUCAACAUCAUUUGCAUUUUCAUCACUUUUUUCAGUGACUUAUUUCCUUUGACAAAUUGAAAAUUUCUGUUUGUUUUAUAUAUGUCAUUAAUGGGAAAAAAGUCUUGAUUUGUGGGUUGGUGAAGAAACAAGUUCAAUUCAGUACUUUUUUGAAAGUUUGUUCCUUUUUGUAACAUCUAGGCUGUUCCACUUGAUCUCCUGCCAGUAUGUUUGUAUCUGUGCCCAGUCUUCCUAAUUACCAUGCUCCAGUGGUUUUCUUUGUGUUUCCCAGCACAUGUUCACUGUUUGAAUUUUGGUGACAAUCUUUGUAGUUUAUGUGAUCUAUCAAUGUGGACCUAUGGGGCAUGAAAUUGUCAUCUAUUUUAAAUACAGUCUUCCUGUUUCAUGAAAUGUACUGUGCUGAAAGUCUCCAGCCAUUUUUUAUAUUUGCUCUAUUACAAUUUCUGUUUUUCACACCUUUGGUUAAAUUCAAAGUGUGUGAACUUCAAGAUAAAUUUACAUAAAUUUCGUGAUCACUUGACCCAGGGUGAAUCAAAUAACAUAGUUCUGUGGUAUAGUGAGAAAUAAUCCCCCUCAGAAGGGGGAUGAUUGAUUACAAUUUUAAUAAAUCCUUUACUGCCAGAUUUCAAUGUCACACAUAAACAUGGAAAAUAGUAUUCUAUUUAAAGAAAAAUAUUUUUUUUAUCUUUUUUAUAGUUUGCCUCUGGUCCUAGAAAUUUUUGUAUAUUCUUACUUUUGAAAACCCUUUUUUUAAACCCUCCUAAUAAAACUCCUCAGAAGAGGUGCCUAUUAUAAACACUUUCAGUAAUCUGUGAAUAUGCAAAUUAAAUUUACAUACUUUUCAGACAAGACAGGUGCUUGUGAUUCAAUGUUUGUAUUGUUUCUGUCAUGUGAAGCCAAUGAAGCCUUACUCUUAGACAGGUUGUAGCAGGUGAAUGGCUGUCAUUGGCUGGUAAAACGAUGAAAAAACUCCUAAGCAAUUAAGAGGCAGCCAACUGAAUCUUCCACGAAGUUUUAGAGCUUGAUUGGUUUAUGAAAGGGACAAAAAUUAUUGAAAAUGCCUCCCCUGCUUCCACAGUGGCUGUGCUUCUCAUGCUGAUCUUUAUUCAUGAGCUUUUGGGCUUUUAUGGCUUGAUUAUGGAAGGCCGAGGAGAUUUGUUAUUGGGUCAGGAUAUGCCAAGAAUUCUGAUCUUUGAUCACCUAGGAUAUGCAGGUGGAAUUAUCUCAAAUUUGUCUGAUAUUUGCAAUUGAGAAGAGCUCAAAAACAGAUCAUAUUUCCUCCUUCUAUUUUUGCCUCAGGCAUGAAAUGAAAGUUGGAUUUGAAAGGCUUCCUGUUUGAUCUUCAUUUGGGCAAAUGUACUAUUUUACUUAAAAUGCAUUAUUUAGUAAUUUGAAAGGUGAGAACAAGUGGCCUGGCUGAAGGCCAUGUAUGGUGAAAAUAAUUAAGGCUGAUUGAAAUUCAGAUUAGCUUGACAAUGAAUUACAGUGAAGAUAGAUCAGAUAUUGUGGGGAGAGAACAAAAUGGCUUCCUUUAUCAGGGAAGGCUUAACAUCACAAGCCGCAAGAUUGAGAAAAUUUACAAGCAGUGGACCAAGGAACUGGAAAAACAUGACUUUGAAGGUGUGAAAUCAAGGAAGGUUGAAAAACUCCCUGUAAAUUCUGAAUGGAAAUCCUCAAGGAAAGAAAACAUCUGUGUGAAUAGUAAUGAGCAUAAUAUUAUGAGCAAGAAAAGCUUUGGACCUGGUGGAUUUUCAGUUAAAUAUUCUGUUGAUGACAAAAAGUUGCCUCCUUUUCGUACUGGAAAAUAUAUUCCCAAGGAUGAUGUUUAUUCCUGUGGCAAUUGUGUACCCAAUGAAAAAUCAUUGGCUUUGUCUGGGAAAUCUAAGGAAAGCUCAACAGAGAAAAUUGUGUCUGGUUUGAGUUCACCACCUCCAUUUAGAACAGGGAAAUACACUCCAAAUGAUAAUUCUAUCUAUGUGAAGAGCCCAGAAAAAUUGGAAACACCAUCUAGUUCUCCCUCUCAUGGUUCACCAACACACAGAGCAAGAAGGCCAUCUUCAGAGAAAAUUGUUGGAAAACAAAAUGGUUAUUUUGCCAGUGGACGAAAAUCACCAGGAUCACCCAGAAAUAGAACUCUAACAAAGUUUCCUGCCACAGAAGGAAAGAAAACUUCAUCACUUGAACAGAUAAGUCCAACCACUUCAAGUACUGGUUCAGCAAAACUGAGAUUAAAAAUCUCAAUAAGUCAGAGUGCGGAAAUAGUGGGCAGAAAUGCUUCAUCUCGCCCAAAAAGUUCUGCCAUGGAGAAUUAUGUGAAUUCAAGGACUAGAACCCGGAGUGAAAAUAUGCUGUCUAUCAAAUCUUCUCAGCGCCCUAAGAGUUCAGUUUUAGAAAACAGCACUCAUCGAUUCAAAUCAAUUGUACGAGAUAUUGACAUAGGAGCUACUGAAAAAUGUAAAGCGACUGUAAAAACUCAAAGCAGACCACGUAGUGCUGUUUUGGAGAACUCACUUUCUAGUCGUUUGCCUAUGAAGAUUGUAACAAGCACAAAAGGUCAAGCUUCUCUAGGAAGAAAUCUAGUGUUGGAUAGGUCCCCCAGUGGGGAAUCCAAGAGAUACCUCAGGAAGGGGUCAGAUUCUUCAGAGAGAGGGCAUCAGCGCUCUAAGACAACAACUUCAAUCAGCAGCAGCUGCAGUGAAAGAAGUUACAAUGCAGUGAGACUUAGAAAACCAAGGCGCAUGCUUCAUAGAAAUGCUGCCUAUGUCAAACCCAGAAAGAAUAAAAACUACAAGCCUGUGGAAAGGAAACAAGGCUCUCUUCAAAAGAAACCUCCCAGGUCCCCAAGAAAGGGAAAACUGGAAUCAGACAGAGUGGAUGGAUGUAUUGCUGAAAAACCAUCUGCUUCACAACAGUCAUUUGUGUUUUCUUUAUUCAUGGACAAGUUUUGCAUACGAACAAGAAAACUUAGGGAUGGUGGCCUGAAAAUCCCUACAAUCAAGAGAUAUCGUGUGAUGGUGUGGAAGAUAAAAAGGAUUUCAUACCUGCUCUAUGAAAAGGUGCUAAUUAUUUACUACAAUUAUUUUCAUCUCUUUAUCACUUGCUGUAAAAUUUUAAUUUAUACCAAAAUUGUUGGGAUUUAUAAUGCUUUGCCAUAUCUGAAGGAAAUUCUUACGCUGAUUUCACUUUUAGUUGUGACACCACAUGUGACACCAUUGCAUUUUGUUAAAUAAUGUGUUUUAUCACGAGAGUAUUCUUUUAUUCCUUUCCUUCUGCCGGGUUAAAUGUCUCUUCUUUUCUUUCUCACUUUGCAUGGUUUCAGUCUGGUUGAUUCUUCUUUUGAUUUUUGACACAAAUCUAUACUGUGUCAGCAUCUUCUGCAUCUCAGCAAGAGAAACACAUGAAUGCAUUUUUCUAAAAUGUAGAUCUUUUGUUGUUAAUCUUGAAACCACAAGGAAAAGAAAUUGUUGUCUUUAAAAAGCCAGGGGACACAGGGAACAUCAGUUAAUUUACUUCCCAUGAUUUAAUUUUGCAUAGUAACUCACAGUGGUGUAGAAUUGAUGGCAGAGUAUUUAUUAGAGGGAAAAAUUGAUUGCAUUUGUUGUUUCACUGUUAUCAUGCAUGAAGGAUAACUGUGUGUCUGCCUUAAAUUAUUAUAUUGAAGUUGGCUUUGUGGACAUACCAUGUAAACUUGUGUCAUCCCAUGAUUAUUCUGAAUAUUGUUUUUGUGACAAGUGGGUUUGUCAGCAUGUAUUGCAGUAAAUAAUUUUUUUUCUGUCAUUAUUAUUCACACAUGAGUUGUUUUGGUUUUUUCAAUAUAUGGGCAUCAUAAGUAAAGAGCAUUUUAAAACACAGCUGUUCUUUGUUCUUAGGUGCUCUCCAUUGACUUAUUCCAUUGUGUUCAAAUACAGCUAUACAUCAGAAACUUCAGCAUACUAUGUCUUGCAUUGAAUAAUAUUUCCUCAAAGCCAUUUGUCAAAUAGUGAAGCUUGCCAAAUUAAGAAACAUAAAGUUGUAUCAUGGAUUUACCAAGAUUUGAAAUAGAUAAAGCUGGGUGUGGAAUAGUAUGUUUGUAAUUUUUGUAAUUUUUGUUCUUCUGAUCAGCAUAUUUCCUGCCAUUAUGGAGCAAUUUACAGUAGGAAUAAAUGCGGUUAUAACUGACAACUGGUACUUGAUAAAGGGAAGCAGGUUGAAUUUUUUGAUAGGGUCACUUCCACAAAAAAAAGAAAUAAAAAAUAGAAUAUUUGAUUUUUUUCCAAUUGAUGAUUAUUGCCACUGAAUUCAAAGCUCUAACAGUGGAGAGAAAUUACAUUACCUCCUCCCUUGAGUUUAUUUGUACUUGUUGUUAAAAGUGCAGGAUGUUUUCAGUUUGGCCACCACCUGUUGUUUCUGAGCCAUUAAUAAUUAAUCUUUCAAAGGAAAAACCAAAUCUUGUUGUAUGAAGCCAUCCUAGACCUUGGGUUUUUCUCAAGGAUGAUCAUUCUAAAUUGUACUAUGUUUGUGUUUCCUUUUAAAUGUGUGAAUCAGGUUACAUUUCUUAACCCAAUGGUGACAAAAAAGCCAAGACUUCAGCGGCAGAAGAAGUUGUUUCACAUUCAAAAAGGUGAGAACUAUUGAUAGUUUUUAUGUUAGUUCAUUAUCACUGGUGCUAGAUAUUCCUCCUCUUAAGGUUUUUUAUUUCAUUGAGAAUUUUCAAAGUCAAGGUCAUUUAGAUAAAUUUACCCUCUAAUGUCGUAGUAUCAUAGUGUUCAAUGAGUUUUGUUAAAAUAAACUUGGUUGUGAAUUUUGUUGAUGGUUAAACUUGUAACUCUAACAUGUGCUUUGUUCAAAAUUAAAUCAUUUGAUUUUAUGAGAAUGACUUUUUGCAGUUACAUGUAUGUUCCAUUUUUACACUAAUUUCAUAUUUUCAAGUUUAUUCAUCAUAUUUAUUCAGGUGUAGGUUAAAAUGUUGUAGUAUUUAUGAAAUGAAUUGUGCCAGAGAUAUAGAUGGUUUGUUAUGAUAUUCAUGAACAACUAUAAGAGCCAUCGAUGUGCAUCCUAACUUUCUUCCCAUUUCAAGACUUUGUUGAGUCUUUAUCACUGCGCUUCUAAUCCUAUUUUACAAUUGAUGAUUGCAACAAAUUAUAUCAUAAGCUGAUUAUUUCUCUGUUAUAGAUCAUUAUCUCCAAAAUGCUUUUGAGAUGUCUUUUGAGUGGAUUAAGAAACAUUCUAGUGGAAAUUUUACACACCUAAUAGCCCAAUUGUCAAUCCUAGCAGGCACAAACAAGGAUGUUUGCACUAAAAUUUCAUUAGUACAAGAUAAAUAUAGAAUAAAAAUCUUUUUUCCUUCCUUCAUUUUUGUACCUCUAACAUGACUUAACUUGUUGUAAAGAGGAGAAAAGAAAUAAAUUGUUUGAAAAUAUCCAAAGCAAGAUAAAACAGGUUGGAAUCAUAACAUCAAAAUUAAACCAGCACAACAGUUUAAAAAAAAAAAACUGUACAUUCCUGUUACUUUCAUAGUGCAGCUCUGUUCAUCUUGAAAAUAUAACAAUCAAAGAUUUGGUUAUUUUAACCCCUUUUAGAAGCUUGUUCAGGGCCACCACAAACAAAUGUUUCUUUUUUUUCUUUUAAGCCCAUUGCUGUAACACUGAGUUGAACCUACAUUGUUGAUAAUUGUGUUGGGAAAAUAUUGGCUCUUUGAAUUAGACAGUAGUAGUAAAUAAAAGACAAAGUUAUUGAUCAACAGGGUUUAACUGUUUAAGCAAGAAAGGAAGUUAUAUUUCACUCAGGUGCAUUUAGGGCUCUAACUGUAUUCUGUGAUGGGUUUUUCUUCACAGGGAAAAAUUUCCUGCGAGCUGGUCAAAUGAACACAAAUGUUGCAACAUGGGCAAGACUCCUGAAAAGGGCAGCUCCACCAAAUUGUUCAACAAACAAUUCAACAUUGAGCCCAAAUUCUACAUCAUCCUCAAGGCAAGUAUACAGGGAACAUCAAGGAUAAGAUAUAAGUGAGGCAAAUUCAUCACUCUGGUUUCACUAAGCUAAUGUGGAGACACCAGGGAAGUUUGCUGAAUGUUCCCUGAACAUCAUUUUUUCCCAUGGUUGAUGAGUGCAAGGAUUUGACUAUGCUAUUGCAAUGGCAAAGUUGUAAUUAAUUUUGCUAAGCUCAGGAGACUCAUAAUUCAUUUAAGUUCCAUCUCUCUGACAAGUAUGCCAAUCAGUGAUCCAGAAAAGUGUUGACUACAUGACUGAUGUUGCCACUGGCUUUCAAGUUGUGUCAGUCGUCAAGUUUCUGAACAAGGAGGCACAUCCCUGAUAAGAAUCUUUUCUGUCCAGAUGUGUGCUCUGAAUUUUAAAAUUAAAAUUUUUUUGUUUCUUCCGUAGUGCCCAACAAGGUUCUCAAAUGCAAACACCUCCUAGACAACCAGACUUUGACAGCACCACCCCAGCCAAAGGGCAGAAAUCAGCAAACAGUGGUGAAAAACAAUCAAGCUCAAGCACUAAGAGUGCAGUCAAUGAAAAUGAAGUCCAGGUAUGAUUGAAGAAUAAACUGGCCCAAUUUAAACAUGCUUUUCUCAUAGCAUAAGUCCUUACAAUUCUCUCAACAUCAAAUGACUGUAAAUCAAUUACAGAAAAUUUGCUCUUACAUCAAGAUAGCAACUUCUACCUUUUUAGUUUGAGUAUUUUUAUUACCUGUUUGCUGGACAAUGCAUGGAUUUUAUAGGGAGAAGUUGCAUUCAAAGUAGAUGUUAUGUAUUGUUUCAGGAUGCUCUUUCAGCAUUUGGAUUCCUUGACAGCCCUCAAAGUCCACCAAGACCAAACAUACAGACAUCCCCACCAAAACCAAGCCCUCCUGUUAGGAGAAAGUUAGUGUUCACUUUUUUUUAAUGCUACUUACUUCAAAGGAUUGAUUCGCUCUAAAAUUUUUAAUACCAUAUUUCUUCACCUAUAAGCCAAGCAAUUUUUUCAGAAAUUGACACAAAAGUUUUGGAUUUUUUUUCAAGAGAAACGGGGUUCAGCUUAUAGCUGAGGGUUUGGGGUUCAAAAACAAGCACAAUUGCAAAUUCAAUGUUAAUGCAAAAUGACCAUAAAUUCCAUGACUGCGGCACUCUUUACGUGACAUGUUUUAAAAUGGUCAUGACAACAAAGUUUUCUGACCAUCAAUUAGACACUUUGCUUUCCAUGCAUUGAGAGACAAUCUCACUCAACUUGGCAAAACUCUGCUCAUUUCACAUUACAAAUGAAAUAUGGUAGUUGCAGGGAACUUUUGGGAAGUGUCUGCAUAGGAGGCAUAGUGAAUUAGGGGCUAUUUCUGCAGUCUUAUUUUUAAAUCCUAUGCUGAUCACUGGACAGAUUUGUUCUUGAAUAGGUCAAAUUGAAUCCCUCCACCACGAUUGAGAAUAUAUACAGGUCUUGCUCCAGCCAUUUGGUUAUAUGCUCUUACAAAUGUCUUGAUCCAUUUGGAACUUUUUUCUAUGAUUUUUGUUGUAUAAUGCCUUUAAACUAGCAGGAGUAGCUAGGUGCUCUUUGAAAAAAAGAGAAAGAAAAUAAUUUGAGGUCUUAUCAUUAACAAUUUCUUUGUUUUAGCAUUGCAAUUCUUACUUUUUUUUUACUUUUGUUGUGACAUGUAGAUCUUAAGUAAACAGAUGUAGAUACUUGACUGAGUGAAAACAAUUUAGAAUACAACCAUCAAAAGAUGGUGACACACACACAGCUUUUGUACCUUUGGAACUGCUGAGACUUUGAUGCUUCUGUUAGCAAGUGAUGUUGUGCACUUAUGAUAUACUUUCCUUUCUAUAAAAACCUCUCUUUUUUUUUUCCUUAACACAGACCUCCUUCACCUCCAACUAGUUCAACGAGUCAUAUGAACAUUGACAGCUUUCGCUGCAUUAGUGUGUUAGGUAGAGGACAUUUUGGAAAGGUAAGUUGCAGUGUUAUAUAAGCAACCACAUUAUAUUUUACUCAUUUCUAUCAAGCUACCAAGAAGGGUGAUCCCCAGACCAUCCAGAUGGAUUUGCAAGUUAUUUUACUUCUUAGGAACAGAUCCUUUUGCCCUCUGGAAGAGAUUCUGCUGUUCUGAGCCCUGCACUCUUCAGAAACUUAGCCUAACCGUUGUCCUCUGAAAAAGAUUAUUGUUAUGAUACUUUAUUAGGUUAAGGCUGCAUUACCAUAGAAAUCAUUUUUUGCCUGUGUUAGUUGACCUUUUUCUGCCCUUACAUAUUUAUCAUUAAUUAUCAGAAGCACCUUUGUAAUCAUUGGGAAGGAGUAUUUUUGGAAUAAGGGAUGCAAUUACAAUUCACUUAGUUUUAGUCUAAAGAAUUUUUUCCUUUUCUCAUGGUACCAGGUUAUUUUAGCAGAAUACAGGAACACCAAUGAAUUGUUUGCAAUCAAGGCUCUGAAAAAGGGUGAUAUUAUCGCAAGAGAGGAAGUUGAAAGGUAGGCUUCUGGGGCUAACUGAAUUUUAAAACAGUUGUUUACUUUAUUUAAAUUGUAAAGCUUUAUUAGAAGUCAAGUUAGAAAUGUUUGAAAACUUUUUCAGUAUUUUUGAGACAAGGACCUCAUCGUUAACCUAAGCUACGUAUGUUACAGAUUAAUGUAAUGGAUUACAGUUGAACUUGUAUUAGGCAGCAUCACAUUAAGUGGUCACCCAGUAUUGGACAGUCAUAUGUCAAAGUCCAGAAUUUUUUUUCCUUGAUCACCAUAAUUUUGACCUCUAUUAAGUGAUCACCUCUAUUAAGUUGUCCUGGUCACCCUUAACUAAGUCCCAAUUCCCUGUUUUAAUUGUCUUCCACCUGUAUUGAACUGUCGCUGAAAGUGGAACCACUCAAAUUAAAGUAAGAAUAAUCUUUUGAGUAAUUUUUAAUCCAUGUUUCUCUCCCGAAAUCAAAGAGAUUCCAUACAUCAAGUGGUCCAUUAUGGCAUUAAGUGGCAUUGUUUAUUGUACUUAUAUAAUACCCAAAGCCUGUGGUACCUGUUUAAAGUGGUCAACCUGCUUUAAGCGGUCAAUCUGUAUGAAGCGGUCACCCCACUAUUCCCCGUGGGUGACUGUUCAAUACAGGUUCAACUAUAUAGUCUUAAUGCUUGUUAUAUUAAGAGCUUUACAUUUACCUGGCUAUCUUUUAUUUUGUAGUCUAUUAUCAGAGAAAAGAAUUUUCUUGACAGCAAACAAGAUGAGGCAUCCAUUUCUAGUUAACUUAUUUGCCUGCUUUCAGACCCAUGUAAGUUUGAUAUGAAUAUUAUUGCAAGUCAUUUUGUUUUCCUGUGUGACUUACUUAGAAGUUCGGCCUUUUGCAUUUUUGUUCCUCCCUUCCACAUUGUGGGUAAUGCCGCAUUCACACCAAAGCUUAAACAUGUUUAAAAGUUGUUUUGUUAAACACAGUUUAAUUUUUUUUUUCUUUUUAGAAACUAUUUAACCGAAUAUUUUUGACUUGAAUGUAGCACAUUGGAAAUGCAAGUUAGCAAGUACUUGAAUCCAAUGGAAAAUCAAGUUUUCAGUGCUCUGUUUAUAAUUUUCAUUCAAUGAAAACCAGUUUAACAAAACAUGUUUUGCUGGUGUGAAUGGGGUAUAAGUUAUCAUCCCACCCCUGGGUUUCUCUGGCAUGGUCGUCAUAGUAACCUUGUUGCUUACAUGAUUGAAUCCCUUGACUGUCUCCACAUUUUGACACCUACCUACCCUCCAAUCCCAAUGACACAGUCUUCUUCAUUUUGCUUAUCUUUUAAGUAGUUCUUCUAUUAGAUUUGUUGACAGAUUUUUUUUUGUUUAAUUUGAAUAGGAACAUGUGUGUUUUGUAAUGGAGUAUGCACCUGGAGGUGACCUUAUGAUGCACAUACAUGCAGAUGUCUUCUCAGAACCAAGGACAGUGUAAGUACUCUUCCAUGUAAUAUGUAAACCUAAACAUUGUUUUGUGGUGAUAUCUGUUGAUGUUGUGGGAAAGGCACUGGGCUCCAUCUUAAAUAAACUGUGUUUGAGCCUGGACAAUGGCCAUCUUCUUGCACUGCUAAGAAAGGCAAUUUUCCUGUCAUAGUGAGUUUCUCCCCAUUGGGCUUAAAUUACAGCAUUUGCUGGCUGAGGAAAACCUCAUGUCCUGUUAGAGAAACCUCAUGAAAUGCCAGGAUGACCAGCUAUUUGCAUCCCAUCCUGGAAGGGGGUGGGGGUUCACUUCUCAUUACUGAGUGUUCCAAAAUAGGAUAUGAACAUCAGUAACUACUGUAUGCGAGUCGGUCUCAUGGAAGGCAUUGCAGUCUGUCUCUUCAAAGAAUAUCAAGCUCAUUCAGUUUAGUACUGGUAGUCGUUUUCUUGAGCCACUUUGCUCACCUAUUACAAAACUAUAUCAUAAGUGUAUGAGUUUCAUUUACCGUAAAAGUGGUCUCCUCGGGGAAAAAGUAAUUCGGUCCAUCUUUUAAAAUGAAAUGCUGCUGUAUUGUUUUCAGGUUUUACACAUCAUGUGUAGUGUUAGGAUUGCAGUAUCUCCACGAACACGAAAUAGUUUAUAGGCAAGUAAAUUCGCCUAACAUUUUGUUGUCUUUGUUUACUUUGACUGGCAGACGUUGUUACGGUUAAAGGGUUGUAUACACGUUUCAAUUAUUUCUUCGCGAAAGGGUCAAGGCAGUGUUGAUUUGUAUGAACCAUGUAAAAAAAACUCUAGUUGUGCGUUUAAUUCGUGUUGUAUUUCAAAGAAACUGGCUAAUGAAAAGUCAAAGUCUUUAGCUAGGGAAGUGUGAUAGAAUGUCAAGGUGUGGUUGUUAUUGUCUUUUCUAUUGUUAUUUUUAUUGUUAUUACUAUUAUUAUGUGGUAUAUAGAUAAAUUAUUGUAUAUUAAGCAAUUAUUCAGCGAGUGCGCGUUGGACAUGAGAUGAUAGAUAGCUAAACACUUCCGGUAGAUAAUUAAACUUUUCCGGUUUAACUCGUCGUUAAAACAGGGAAUUGGGACUUUAACUCGCACGCGCAUGGUAUAAUGGAUAAGCCAAUGAAAACACUUAAAUUGCAUUAUCGAAUGAUCUCCUUUUUAAUUAUCAUUAUUAUUAUUAUUAUUAUUAUUAUUAUUAUUAUUAUUAUUAUUAUUAUUAUUAUUAUUAUUAUUAUUAUUAUUAUAGCACAAAGGUCAAUUCUCAUAACCAUACCAUGUGUUAUUGGGUUAAGUAAUUUUGUAAUUAUACACAGUUGUUUCAGUGUGCUUAAGAUGAGGCACUUCACAUUCUAGGGAUUUGAAGCUGGACAAUUUAUUACUGGAUUCUGAGGGUUACGUCAAGAUUGCGGAUUUUGGUUUAUGUAAAGAAGGAAUGGGUUUUGGAGCAAGAACAGGCACCUUCUGUGGAACCCCUGAGUUUUUAGCCCCUGAGGUUAGUGCACGAUUGAAUUAGAGAUGUUCUGCUCUCAUUUGUUCAUUUUUAGGGGGGAGGGGGAGGAGGGGCGACGGACAGGCUUGGUGUUUAAAAAUUCAGAUGUUCUUUCGAUUUGUACGAAAGUCAACACAUUGUUACUCACUUUCUACUUUCAGGUUCUUACAGAAACUUCGUACACGCGAGCUGUGGACUGGUGGGGUCUUGGAGUGCUCAUAUUUGAAAUGCUGGUCGGAGAAGUAAGUUACCAUUAUAAAAACAACAUUAUCCUUGUGUUACGAGAAAAGGGCGCGAUAAUUCACCGGCAUCUUUUUUUAACUGCGAGUAAAGGGUCAGUAGACACUCUCAAUACUAGUAUUAAUGAUUAUUGACUUCGCGAACAAAUUGAUAAAGUCAGGCAAUUUAGGAGGUUUGGAAAUGCGUUGAAGGAAUUUUCCACCUUGUUUACUUAGUAUUUCAAAGUGAAAGACUGGUUUGCAGCUAAUGAAUUUUGGAAAUGCUCAAUGAAAUGGUUCAACUCUUGCGAAUAAUAGCGGUUUUGUGAGUACGUUGUUUAAAAACUUUACCAUUCCUUACUUUUCUAGUCACCGUUUCCAGGAGAUGACGAAGAAGAAGUUUUCGACUCUAUUGUUAAUGAUGAAGUUCGAUAUCCAAGGUUCCUUUCAACAGAAGCCAUUGCUAUCAUGAGAAGGGUGAGUCUUGGGGCUGUUAUCAGGAAUAAACGUGAAAUGUUAAUUCUUCUUGCUAGCUAACUUGAAUCCUGUUAUUUUUAGAGUUUGGUUUAAUAUCAAUGCUAUGCUCAUCUUGCUUUUUUGGUUGUUUAAUAUAUUCUCUAAUAGUGUCCUUGUUUUGGUGUUUCUCUUGGCAAUUUUUCUGUAAACAGGAAAUUGUCUGUGUCUAGAUGUACAGUAAGUGGUUAUUUUAUCCGUAAUUAACCAUUGGAGAAAGAAAUUACGACGAAAGCGCAGAUUCUUAGUUGAUAAUUUUUUUUACUAGUCCAUCGUGUGUUUGCGCUUGCAAUAGAACAAGUUUUCUUUCAUCAGGUUCUUUCAGUUUCACUGAUUUGUUUCUUGUUUUCAAUCCACUUUAGUUAUUGAGGCGCAAUCCCGAAAGACGGUUAGGAGCCAGUGAAAAAGAUGCAGAGGAUGUCAGGAAACAGCCAUUCUUUAGGGUAACUGAUGAUCUUUCCUGUUUAUUUGUCUGGUAAACUGGGAACAAACUUGGUACAAAGUGCAAAUGGAAAUGCACCUGUCAACAUUUCUGGGAAGGUUAAAGGUUAAACUCUCAAGUGAUUCCACGUGAGCUUGAAGGCCCGUUAUUAAGUUCAGUGUAAAUGCCAGAUUUUUAUCUCAUUUUAGUUUCUUUAAAUUGGAAAAUAGUGAUAUUGAAUGAUUACUUUCUGUCUCUUGUUGUUAGGAUAUGAACUGGGAUGAUCUCCUCGCUCGAAAAGUUCGACCCCCGUUCGUUCCAAGUGUGGUAAGUUUUUGUUUUGUAUGCUAAACUAGUAAACAUUCGCUUUUACAACAUACGUCGUGUUUCACACUUCAGUUUGAGUCUUCUACUAGUUCCACCCUUCAAGAAAAUGUUUAGACUGUUUCCACUAUUUUUCCGUAAUCCUUCUUUUCGAAUAAUGUAGAAAUAUUAGCUUGACCGAGUCCAUAUUUGUAGCCUAAAAAGCCUUCGCCGUUAAGGGUUUAUUUAUUCUAUCAUAAUUAUUGUCUUUUUUUGGGAAAUAUUUCGAGCUGUGUUUGCGAGUUGGAACGAUUUAUUGGUUCUAAGUGUGGUUUUACAGUCGUUGAUAACCUAGCAAGCCUCGCUACAAAGCCUGAAGCAUUUUAAGUAAUGCCAGAAAACGUAAUGAAAGUUCUGAUGUUUCUUUGUAGAGACACGCGGAAGAUGUGAGUAACUUCGAUGAAGAGUUUACCUCAGAAGAACCUGUCUUGACACCUCCAAAGGAAGCCAGACCGUUGAGCAGUGAAGAGCAGGUGAAAAUCCUCUUGCUGGUUUUCAACUUGGGUGAAGGCAAAAAAUAUGCCGCAGAGUCAGGAAAUUUCCUUCGGUUCUCUCUUCUCUAAAGUGGUCUCAACGUCUGAAUGUUAAUUCUUAUAACUGGGGACUUAAAGACCUAAAAGAUUUCUUUGUUACCCUGUCCUUAGAAUUUGAUGCUUAAAAAUUAAAAAAUGCUAAAAAACCCAACCCGUUAGCUGACAAUUUAAUAACUACUUAAUUCCUGUCUUAGACAACGUAUUUAAAUGGCCUGGAGAAUUUUGCAUCAUUCCUAAGAACUGCAGGAACAAGUCUGAUGCCUUUACCAUGGGGAAGUCGACCCGUUCGUGUUUGUUCCAUUGUUUUCCUUGUGCAGGACCUCGAGAGUAAACCAGUUUCCCUAUAAAAAUUUAUUUUAAUUUUCAAAUGUGACAGUAAUGGCUUUCUCUUCUUCUACAGGUAUUGUUCGCUGAUUUCAAUUACACGGCCGACUGGUGCUGAGAGCAUUCAAAAGCGAGCGAUUAUUUUAUAGAGUAGUUUAGCUAGUGACGGAUUUUCAUUUUUACAGUCCCCAGGAGCAGCAGCUCAGUUGUAAAGCAGUUUUAUGAAAGAGAAAAGUGCAAUGAUUUUAUUUUUAUCUUAACGGGCUUGUAUUUCCCCUUCAUCGUUUUCCUCAUCUCCGCCACGCUGAGCAGAUGGCGUAAAGUGUAGUUUGGGAUGUAAAUAUAUAUGUAACAUAAACGUUGUCGCCAAUCUUAACACUAAAUUCUGGCUGGUUUGGCUCUAUUUUUGAAGAAACAAUUGCGCGCGCUCUGAGAAAUAACAGAGAAGUCGCCUUAUUAUUCUUUGUAUCAUAACUUGAAAUUACUCGAAGAAUGUUCACAACUUUCGUGGGAUUUUGAUACAACAUUUCUCCUUUGAAUCUGUUGCUAAAGACUUAUAGCUUGUCUAGAAUGUUUAUAUUAUUAUUAUUUGUGGCGGGGAGAAUACCACCGAAUGAAGACAACGACUAACACAUUCCAUCUCGUGCACGAACCGAAAGUAAUAAAAUUUAACUUACUCCUUAAGUUUCUCAAUACUGUUGAUUUUCUGAAAUACAAGAUGGUCGUUAGUUUUUGUCCUCCUUUGGUGGAAGAGAACUGAAAUUAGAAAUGAUCUUACAAUUAAACUUGUACAUAAUAAGAAAAUUCUCUGCCAGGAGAUUGUAUAUCAUUUAUUUUACAGUAUCAAUUUGAAAUUAAACCUUGACGGAUUUGAGUUUAAUAGUCGGAAUAUUUGAUUUAUAUUACCAAUAAAGAGUCUACGGUUUGUUUUGACUUUCAUUUUAAAUCGACGUGAGGGAUGCUGCAUUCAGUAUGUGGCGCGUUUAGAUAAUAAAUUCUUGUGAACCCUUUGAACUGUGUAUCUUCGCUGUGUAUUGUAUUGUGACUGUAAAUACCUUCGCUGUAAUUGUCGAUAGUGGAUCAAUUUUCAAUCGAUUGUCGUUAGUAUUGUAGGAUAGCACGACUGUCUUACUUCUCACUGUUAUUGCUGUAGAAUACUCGCACCACCCUCACAAUGAACCACU